AAAUGCUUCAUUAGAAGCUCAAAAGGUUGGACGUUUCUAUAAAGCACGCAAGGAGAAAAAGAUUUGGCUAUAAUGAAAUUCGCUGUGAUUUUAGCAACCUUAUUUGUUGUCAGUCUCGGAGCGCCGCUCUAUGAAGAUGAAUAUAAUACUGACAGACUUGCUCAAGAUGCGAUUGAUGGUGACAACACAGCUGUUAAAUCUGAUACACAUAAUGAUUUAGCAGCACGUGAGUCAGAUCAGUUCAACAAUGGGUGGGGUGACGCAUAUGGUGUGACCGACGAAACGCAAAAAGAUAAGGCAUUCGUCACUGACGAACAGAACAAGUCCGACGAUGUUAAAGACGCGUCAGAAGAUGAGUCCCACGUUGUGGACGACGCGUCAGAAGAUGAGUCCGACGAUGUAGACGACGCGUCAGAAGAUGAGUCCGACGAUGUAGACGACGCGUCAGAAGAUGGAUCCGACGAUGUAAACGACGCGUCAGAAGACGAAUCCGACGAUGUUGAUGACACGUCAGAAAAUGAAUCCGACGAUGUUGAUGACGCGCCAGUAGAUGAGUCCGACGAUGCCGAAAACGGGCCAGUAGAUGAGUCCGACGAUGCAGAAAACGGGCCGAGUCCGACGAUGUAGAAAAUGGGUCAAAGAUGAGUCAGACGAUUAAGGAUGGGAUCAACAAAGUCUUAAGCGAAAAAAAUAUAGUGGGAAGAAAAAACCAAGUCAAGAGAAUAGCUGGCUUGGUGAAUUAAAUGAAAAUGUUUUUCUAAAUUAUGUAAAUAAAUUAUUCAUCAAAA